CCGCCACCCCCGGCACCGCCGGAGCCCGUGCAGCGCACCCAGCUGCCGUCAAAGCCUACACGGAACAAAGAGCCUCGCCCUUCUGUGUACCUCGCUUCACUCAAGGCUGUUGGCCCGGACUACUUCAAGCAAUCCGUCGAGACACCAGUUCGUGAACCUCCGGCCGGUCCCACGUGGUACUUCUUUCACGGCACCUUGACAAAUCCGCAAGUUCUCAAACACAUCCUCGAUCUUCAAGAGGAACCUGUUCUCAGGCCGGCCACCAUCAUCGGCUACGCACUCACAAAUUGGGGCCAGUACAAAGCUCUCAUAGACGGACCAGUGGAUGGCUUUGCAUACCCAGUCGCAACGAAGGAGGACGAGGCCAGGCUCGCGCGCUACGAGACCAGCGCGUACAGGGCCCACCGGUGCAUGAUCCAGUUCAAGGAUGACCAGGAGCCGCGAGAGUUUUGUGGAAACACAUUCAUGUAUGCUGGAGAUGCCAAAGCGCUGCAGGAGGGCAGGUUCGAUCGGACACUGUGGGAGCGGCCCAUGGGU